AUGGUGGAAUUGACUGAAAUUAAAGAGGAAAACGACGUUCCAACUCAGACUACUCAAAAUGGAAGUAUCAUUGAUGAUGCUAAGCCAACCGAAGAACAACUAAAGCAAGAGAAUGAAGAAGAAGAAGAUGAUGACAGUGAUUUUGAAGAUGAUUUCAAUGAAAAUGAAACUUUCAUGGAAAGACUAUAUGCUUUGAAAGAUAUUGUUCCACCAAAACAAAGAAUAAAUAUUUGUAAUGCGUUCAAUUUAACUACUAGUUUUAUCAAGACUGCAUUUUCCAAGACUGGGAAUAUCACUUGGAUUUUAACCACUUCUGCAUUAUUAUUGGGUGUACCACUUUCACUUUCUAUACUUGCUGAACAACAAUUGAUUGAAAUGGAAAAGACUUUUGAUCUACAAAAAGAUGCUAAUGAAAUUUUAGUUGGUGAUUCUAAUGCUGCUCCUGCCAAAUAA